UACAUGUCUGCAAGGCCACACGCCUUUAGGGAACAUUUGGAUGAUCCCGUCUUUCUAAUGAUAGCUCGGUCAUGUCUGCACCUGCCAUGGGGACCAGCAAAACAACGCACGGUGAUUCGAGUAUCAAGAAGAAAAGGGGACCCGGAACUCUGGCCACCGCAUAUCUGGUCAUCUACAACGUGGUUAUGACAGCAGGAUGGCUGGUCAUUGCUGUUGGUCUCGUUCGAGCAUACCUUGCCAGAGGUAGUUACCAUGGUCUUUAUUACUCGAUAGAGAAGCCCCUAAAAUUCUUUCAGACUUGUGCACUUCUGGAGAUAUUGCAUUGUGCUGUGGGAAUUGUUCCCUCCUCUGUGGUCCUAACUGGGUUCCAAGUGAUGUCACGGGUGUUCCUUACCUGGGCAGUCACGCACAGCGUUAGAGAAGUCCAAAGUGAAGACAGUGUCCUGCUCUUUGUGGUAGCCUGGACCGUCACAGAGAUCAUCCGUUACUCUUUUUACACAUUUAGCCUGCUCAACCAUCUGCCUUACCUCAUCAAAUGGGCAAGGUACACAUUUUUUAUUGUGCUGUACCCCAUGGGUGUGGCUGGAGAACUUCUGACGAUCUACGCUGCACUGCCAUACGUGCAGAAAACCGGGCUCUACUCGAUCACCUUGCCUAACAAGUACAACUUCUCCUUCGACUACUACACCUUCCUCAUCCUCAUCAUGAUCUCCUACAUCCCCUUAUUCCCUCAGCUUUACUUCCACAUGAUGCGCCAGAGGAAGAAAGUUCUGGGACACGUGGAUGAGUACAGCAAAGUGGAAUAACUCCACACACAGCAGGCUGAUUGCACAGAGAAGGGAAAAACGAGGAUAACCUUUAAAAGCCACACUUCACAGAUUUUAAAAACCAGAAGAAAAAGCUUUCUGAAGAUGAUUGCUAACGAUACUGCUUUGGUUAAGAACUGCUUCAGUUGGUGAUCCUGUAUCCAAACCAGUGGCUUUUCCUCAGUUUAGAGGGGAAUGUUGUUACCAUACUAAUAUUGUACAUCAGCUAUUGAGUUGAGAUUUUCUUCUCUUUUUUUUAUUCUAAUAGAGAAAUACUGACCAAAUAUUGUAGCAGAUACCAUUGACAAAGACAUCCAGAGAAUAUCACAAAAAAUAUCACAUAACUACUACUGGUGUCUUCAGCCAGAAGGGAAAUAUCUCAUACUCUUUCUGUGUACUGUGCUCUGUACACUAUAUUCCAUUUUAAUCUACUGACUUGAAUAUAUCUAUGUUUCAGACAGUUCAUUCCUUUCCUUUAUAUUUCAGUAUGUGGAUUUUGUUUAACAUAGAACACUUUGGGUGAUUCAUAAAUCAAACUAUAUGGCAUUUUCCCCACCUUUUGAUUUCCACAUCUAAUGAUCAUGAUUACUGUUUGUGUUUUCUUUCUUUGUUUUGUGCUGUGUUUCUUAAAUGGUCGAUAAAGAUCAUUGUUAAUUCUUUGAACCAUUGUUUGUUGGUGGUGUUGUUCAGUAUUGGGUAUAUAUUGCUGGUUUGUGGCUGUUUGUUCAGAAAAGAGGUGUAUUACCCAAAGCGAUUGGCUGAGUUGAUGGGUCGGACCCAACAGUUAGUGCUACUAAUGUACUGGAUGUGCAUUUGUCAUAGGAGAUUACAGCUGACACAAUUGGAGCUUUACUGCUGUUAAUGUGGAAGUGUUUGACUGGAAAAGGGCUACAGGAGCACAUGCCAAGUGGAAGCGAACACAGGCCUCGACUCCAGGGCCAAUUGGAUUUGAGUGCCUCCAGUCAUGCUUUUUCAAUAAGUCAAAUCUAAUAAUGUGCAGAGAAGUCUCGGAAUAAAGACUAACUUAACACUUCAUUGCCCGUCUGCCUAAUUGCCAACAGCAUCAGAAUAAGCCAACUCCAUCCUCCCAUUGAAACACAUGCAAAUGAUUUCUCUUCUGUUUAAGUGCGAGCCACAUUAUUGCAAAAAUUGCCUCAUCGGGCCGAUUUAUGACAAGAUUAGCAUGGGAUUCUUGUGAAAGGCUGAAGUACAACUAUAAAUGCAUGUAGAAGUGGUGGGGCAAUACAUUGGAUAUUAGUAGCAUGAGCCAUAAAAUGCCAUAAAAAAUGUUGAGCUUUUGAUACAUUUCAAUUUUGCAUGGGACCAGCAAACUUUGUUUGAAUAGUAAUACAAUGAGAUAUA